UGCGAGUGGUUUUCAUGGAGGGAAGAAAAGCGAAAGGAGUAAGCCACCAACGACCUGCAAGAGUGGAUUUGAUAAGCAAUUUACCCGAGGCUUUGAUAUCUCAGAUACUAUCGUAUCUUCCGACAAAGGAAGCUGUUAAGACUAGUGUUUUGUCCAGUCGGUGGAAAAGUCUCUGGCUUUUGAUUUCCGGGUUGGAUCUGGACUCUUCUGAGUUUCCAGAUUACAGUGCCUUUGAGUUUGUGGACAGGUUCCUAGAUUUCUCUGAACAGAAGUCAUGCUUGCACAAGCUCAAGCUAAGUAUUCGGAAAACUAAGAAUGAGCAGUCUUGUGUCACGCGUUGGGUAGACUCUGUGGCUACGCCUAAACUUGAGCAUCUUGAUGUUGGGUAUACUUAUGUGUGUCGUAAGCGUUUGGAAGUGAUCCCCGUAAGCCUCUUUGUCUGCGAGACGCUCCUUUACAUAAAACUCAAUCGGGUAUUGUUGGGUAGUUUUGAGUCUGUUUCUUUACCUCGUCUCAAAACAUUGCGUUUAGAGAAAAAUACAUAUGCCAAUGGUACGUGUCUGGAGUCACUUAUCUCGUCUUGCCCUGUUCUCGAAGACUUGAGCAUUGUUAGAAGGUUAGAUGAUAACUUAAGGGUUUUGCGAGUGCAUUCUCAGACAUUAACCUGUCUCAGCGUAGGAUUUGAUCUUGCUCGAGAUUAUGGUUUUUCUUUUUACGAUUGGGAUAGCUUAGCGCUUUUCAUUGAUGCCCCUAGACUUAAGUAUAUGAAUUUGGAUGAAGAACUAUCGCCGAAUAAAACCAUAAGCAAUUCGGGUUCCUUAGUUAAGGUCAAUUUUGUUAGCGUCGUUCGUAUUGCACGUUUUUAUUUUGGAUUUAGCUUAUCAGAUCAACAAAUGGUCCGUAAUUUUUUCAACAGUAUCUCGGGAGUUAGGGAUCUGAUAAUCUCUGAAUAUAUUAUUGAGCUAAUCUCUUACUACAUGAAACUUGAACCAUUUCCCCAGUUUUGCAACCUGUCCAGUUUGGUAGCAGAAGUUUGGUUAAGACGCGUGAAAAUCCUGGAAAUCCUGCCAACACUUCUUGAAAGCUUUCCGAAUCUAAAAUCCAUCGUCUUGGAUUUAACUCAUUCUAUGGUCGACACGCCUCCGAUAACAGUCUCGUCCGUGCCUCAGUGUUUGUUGUCAUCGCUGGAGUUUGUAGAGAUAAAAAGCAGAUAUGAGGCAAACUACUUUAUUUUAAUGGAACUAGCAAGGUACUUUGCAGAAAACUCUGUAAUCCUAAAGAAACUCGUUGUGCGUUGGGAACGUUCCAAGCUAGAAGAAGAUUCCGUCUUAAGGGAUCUCCUUGCAUUGCCGUGGCGAUCCAACAAGUGUCAAAUCGAAGUUUGUGGACCGCUAAAAAGACUUGAAGGUGAUCUCUCCUAGGCUAGCAAUUCCUUAGAGAUUGGACUUGCGUUUUUCUGUUUUGUUGAAUUCUAUUAUCAUGUCUUUCUGAGCUUUGGCCACAGUGUUGUAGGAUUCCAAAACUUAGUAAAAAAAAGUGCUAUU